AUGAACUUCGACACAGAGAAAUUCAUUGUUGAAAUUCAACAACGAGAAGCUAUUUGGAAUUGUGAAGGAGCAGUUUAUAAGAAUAGAGAUUUAAAACGGAAACAGUGGGAAGAAUUAGUAGAUAUUUUUGGAAAAGAAGAGAUGACAACAGAGGCAAAAAAAAGUCUUGGAAAAGAAUUACAAAAGAAAUGGAAGAACAUUAGGGAUAAUUUCGUGAAAGCUCUAAAGGACAAUGUUACCAGGAGUGGGUCAGCGGCUAAGAAAAAGACUCAAUACAUAUUUUACAAUAAUUUAAUGUUUUUGAAGGACACAGUAUCUAUCAAUGAAACUGAUUCAAGCAUGCAAAGGCAAGAAAAUGAAAGAAAUGAAACAGAAAACGUAGCUGACCCAGUCGUAGUACCACCGCCAAAACGAAAAAAAAAGAAAAAUAAAGAAGAUGAUAUAGGAGUUGAAUUGAUUAACGUCUUAAAUAAGAAUGUAGAGUUGAAAAAGGCGGAAGAAGAUGAAGAUAGACUUUUCUUUUUGUCGUUGGUUAGUGAAAUAAAAAAAGUGCCUGAACAUAUACGCCUACGUACAAAAUCUCAAAUAAUGCAAGUCAUUACUGAAGCCCAAACGUCUGGAUACAACUACUGUAACUCUACUUGGGAUUACGUACGACCAUUCUACAACCAAGGGCCAUCCCAAGGAUAUCAGACACCAUCAUUUGCUAGAAAUAAUAACCCACCACCACCGCCCUCAGUUCCACCUACACACCGUGGAACAUGUAAUCAAGAACAAUCUGUAAUGUCUCCUGAAUCAACAUAUUCACAGAUAUCUCAAGAAUCUGAUUAUCUAGAUCUUUUUAAUGAUAAUAAUUCUCAGUAAUAGUUAUAGUUUACUACUUUUUUUAUUCAAUUAUAAACCCACAUUGCGAUUAAAAUUAAAACAUAAUAACUACUAAAACUUUUUUUAUUUUUAUCAUACUUACCUUAAUGUUAUUACUAAUUUCUCUUCGGGUUGGAUACAAUCACGAAAUUUAGUAUCUUGUCCUUUGAUGGUGUCAUAUAAAACUGUUAGUAGUUCUUCAAAUGACGAAACACUCAUUCUAACAUAGCCGAAAAAUUUAUCUUGGUGCUUCUUCAGUUCUUGAAAACAACUUGCGAACUGGCCGAAUUCGUUGCGUGUUUCUAGUAAAGGAUGAAUCCAGUAUCUUUUUUUAUAUUUCUUUCGUUGUUUUCGGGAGUAAAAAUAAAUAACACAAGCUAUCUCGACGGCGUCCAUUUUAUUUAUGGGCCACGCGCCUUCGAGCGGUCCAACCGCUUAACGCGGUUUCAUCGCGGCUGACCGCUAUGGCGGCCAACCGCGAAGAAACCGCGUUAAGCGGUUGGACCGCUCGAGUCUAACCGCCUAGCGGCCAACCGCUAGUGCGUUAGGGCCCUUAUACUUAGGGCCCUUAUAGAUGUAAACAUGGAUAGAGUAGCUCGUGUGUAAUUUUGAAAGUAUAUAGGUACUUACUAAAAAUAGAUUUUCUACAGUAUAGAUUAGUUUCGCGUGAAUAUGACAUAUACUUUAGUUUUUUUUUUUUGUAGUUUUAGUAAUUUCAUGAUCUCAUGUUUCAUCUAUAAUAAACAGCUUUCAGAUUUUAAAAUACAUGAUAUAAAAUAACAUCUAAACGCAAAGGAAACUACUCAUUACAUUGUGGGUUGUAUGUUGGUUUGCCUACUUAAUUUAAAAAAACUAAGAAAUUAUAUUUAUAUUUUUGAAAUUAUUAAACAAAUAAACACAUCAUCUUCUUCUUACCGAUCGCGAAAAAUUAAAAAAACCUAAGAUUUAAAAUACUAUAAUUUUGCACAUAUUGUCAAAGGCAUAUUGACAAUGCCGUUACAAUUAAGCGUCAAAUUUUGUUCCAUUUCCAUUUCAUUAAAAACGUUCGUUCGGGAUCAACUUGUUGUUAUAUGUAUAUGUGUCUAAAUAUUUGUACAUAUUUAGAGCAAGUACAUUAAGUUCAUACAUACAUAAUAUUUCUCCUUUUUAUGUAUUUCAAGUAAUCAUACUUUUAAUAAGUAUGUAGGUAUAGCACCAUAGUUAGGUUAUGAUAUACCCGACCGCGACUAAAGGAGGUUAUGUUAUGUUUUAAAUUACUUUUGUCUAUUUUAUGUUAGAAGUUGUUGUUUUUAUUGUGUUUGAUGUUUGUAAUUGAGCGAAAUUAAAAUCGAUAUAAAAGAAUGUAAUGUGAUUUUUACCAACGAGUUCUUACAUUGACCCUAAGUUUCUAAAUAACUUAAGUUAGGGGCCUGCUUAAAAUAAUGUUCAAAACAAGUUUAAGGGCUCACCUUAGUUGUCAGGUGACACUUAAGCAAUAGUGAAAACGAAUUUUUAAUAAAGAAAAUCCUAAACGCGGCUUGGGUGACACUUAUAACUUAGGAAUCGUUAGUGAAAACGGGCAUAAGUAAUUUUUAUUCAUUCCUGCUGAUUUGAAAAAAAUCACCCGCAUUUUUAAACUGGUGAUUAUAAUUUGGUUCAAAUUGAAGCAAUGUCAAACAUUAAUAAAAAUAUACUUAAUUAAUACUUCUAUAUAAAAUAAUUUGUUUGAUUAAUUCCAUGCAUAAGUGCGGUCAUUAUUAAUAUGUACUUAUUUUAACUGUUUUAUAAUCAUUUUAAUAAUUAUUUCUUACUGUUAUUGUCUUUCAAUUGUUUUUGAAUAGUGAUUUUAACUUCCGUCCAUUGGGUUUGUAACAAUAAUGCAUUUAGUUUGUACCGUGUUAAACAUUUUUAUGAUUUUGUUUCCAAUUAUAAUAAAUUCCAAUUGUUUUAAAUAGUUAAAAUGAAAAAAAAACAUGUCGUUUUCAUUUCAUGAUCAUAAAAUUAGAAACCGAAUUAAAAAAAGGAACUACAAUUAACUUCGUUUACUUAAGUUUAAUAAAAACCUUAAUUUACAUUCAUUCAUACUUAAAGGGAAAGUUGUAAACUUGAUUCAUGUCUUUUUAUUUUUGUAUCACGGUCAUAUCAAAGUGAGUGUAUAGGGAGGAUCUAUAUUAUAAGACAUUUUCGUAUGUAUUGUCAAAAUAAUAUAUUUUUUGUGAUUAAACUUAAUAUGUACCUACGUAGAAAAAAAUCGAUAUGCCGGACAACUUCUUAUCAUAUUUUAUUACCAACGGAACCAUGAAUAAUCUUACACAUUAGCCAUGUUUAAACUACGGCGUCCGUCAAACUGUCCCAUCAUUAAAUUAUAUCAUGUUUCUAGAAAGUUUAAUAAGAAAGUUGUUCGGCUUUAGUUUUUAACCUUUUUCCCAUGUCAUUACUUAUAGAAAUAAGUUUAUCUAAAAUAUAUAUUAUUAUGUAGUUACUUAAAAUAAUAUAAAUACCUAUAUAAUAAUGCAUUAUUCUUCGGUGGUGACCGUAGAAAGGUCUAACCGAUACAUAAACAAAGUAUAGUAGUAUAUGUAAUCAAACAAAUAAAAAAAAAACUACUUUUUUUAGCUUUUGUCUUUGAAAUUUAUUUUCGCAAUUUUCAAUCUGAAGUCCCGAGAUCCGACUUUUCAUACGGUCAACGCUGAAGUCUUAAAAUUUGUAAAUUUUGAAUAUCAUAACACUGGUACUUAUUUAAAGCAGUUGCCGUAGCAUUAUGGCAUGGUUAAAAGGCAGUAUUCAGGAGUUAAAAUUCCCAGGUGCUAGGAGAAUAUAUUUAUGUAGACACAAAAAAAAACGAGUUAAACCCCUUGUGACAAGUAGUGUUGUAAUAAAUUAAAGAAUAUUGCAUUAAAUCUAUUUUUACUUGCUAA